AAAAGUCUAACCUCACAUUUUCACGUGUUUUUAUUUACGUUUACUAGGUUUCCGGACAGUUUUAUACAUUUUAUUUAAAUUAAAAGUGUUUGGUGUUUUAUAUUCAAUAUAGAUUUGUUUUUAAAUCUAUAUUAUACUAAUUACUAGUUUAUAAUAGAAGUUAAUUGAGUUUUUAAUAAAAGAAGUGAACCCUAAGCAUCCAAGUACCUAGCCAACAUGGUCAGGAAGAAAAUAGAUAACCGUAUCAGGGUUUUAAUCGAAAAUGGAGUUAAAUUGGGGCACAGGACUUUAUUUGUGAUCGUUGGAGAUAAAAGUAGGGACCAAGUGGUCAUUUUGCAUCACAUGCUUUCGAAAGCAGAAGUUAAAGCCCGGCCAUCUGUUCUAUGGUGCUAUAAAAAGGAGCUUGGCUUCAGCAGCAACCAAAAGAAGCGCAUGAAGCAACUGCAUCAUAAAAUAAAAGCUGGAAAAUUAAGCAUCAAUGAGGAUGAUCCUUUUGAACUCUUUCUUUCCUCAACAAAAAUCAGAUAUUGUUAUUAUUCAGAAACUCAUAAGAUUUUGGGUAAUACUUAUGGAAUGUGUGUUCUUCAAGACUUUGAGGCUUUAACUCCCAAUUUGCUUGCCAGAACUAUUGAGACAGUAGAAGGGGGUGGCUUAGUAGUUUUGUUACUAAGAUCUCUUGAUUCUUUAAAGCAGCUUUAUACAAUUAACAUGGAUGUGCAUCAGAGGUUUAGAACAGAAGCUCACCAAGAUGUAGUACCCAGAUUUAAUGAAAGAUUUUUAUUGUCAUUAGCUUCUUGUAAAAGGUGUUUAGUUGUCGAUGACCAACUUGCAGUUCUUCCAGUGUCAUCUCAUAAUCUUCAUGUUACACCUGUAGAACCAUCUCAGGAUAUUAAUGAAAAUGAAAUGGAACUAAAUGAACUAAAAGAACAACUAAGAGAUACCCAACCAGUGGGAAACUUAGUAAAUUGUUGCAGAACUGUAGAUCAAGCCAAAGCAUUAUUGAAGUUUAUUGAGGGUAUUUCAGAAAAAACCUUAAGAUCCACAGUGUCUUUAACUGCCUCCAGAGGUCGUGGUAAGUCUGCUGCAUUGGGCUUAGCAGUUUCUGCUGCUGUUGCUUUUGGCUAUUCUAAUAUAUUUGUCACCAGUCCCAGUCCGGAAAACUUAAAUACUUUUUUUGAGUUUGUCUUUAAGGGUUUUGACGCUUUGGAAUACCAAGAACAUAUUGACUAUGGCUUAGUUCAAAGUACAAAUCCGGAAUUUAAUAAAGCCAUUGUAAGGGUGAAUAUUUUCAGGGACCACAGGCAAACAAUUCAGUAUAUUCACCCAACAGAUGCUCACAAGCUUUCCCAGGCUGAGCUAUUGGUUAUUGAUGAGGCUGCGGCGAUUCCUUUACCAUAUGUAAAAGCUAUGCUUGGGCCGUAUUUAGUAUUUUUAGCAUCUACUAUUAAUGGUUAUGAAGGGACUGGCCGGAGUUUAUCUUUAAAACUUUUGCAGCAGCUAAGAGUGCAAACAGUACCUGUAGGUUCUAACUCAAACGCAGCAAACAGAAAAGAUUCUGCCGCAGCAACUGGUAGAACUUUACACGAAGUAACGCUAAAUGAAUCUAUUCGUUACAAACCAGGAGAUGAGGUCGAAAGUUGGCUUAUUAAACUUCUAUGCCUGGAUUCUACAUCUGUAGCUCCUAUACAGUCUGGUUGCCCGGCGCCAGAGCAUUGUGACCUAUAUUAUAUCAACCGAGAUACGCUAUUUUGCUACCACAAGGCUUCUGAAGAGUUUUUGCAGAGAUUGGUCGCCUUGUAUGUGGCGUCCCAUUACAAAAAUAGCCCCAACGAUUUGCAAAUGAUGUCUGAUGCCCCCGCACAUCAUCUAUUUUGUUUGCUAGGACCGGUGGAUCCUAAUAGAAAGACUUUGCCAGAAGUUUUGGUUUUUAUUCAGGUUUGUCUGGAAGGAGAAAUAUCCAAAUCUACAGUUGCCGAAGGCUUCUCUAGAGGAAAACGGGCCUCCGGCGACCUUAUCCCUUGGACCAUCGGGCAGCAGUACCAGGAUCCAGACUUUUGUAAACUGGCAGGCGCGAGGAUCGUACGAAUAGCCACGCAUCCGGACUACCAAGGGAUGGGAUACGGAGCAAGGGCGUUGCAACUGUUAAAGCAAUAUUACGAAAUGAAAAUUCCUAGUUUAGAUGAAGACGGAUCGACACAGGAGGAGAUUGAUACUAUUAGCGAAGAGACUGUAGGUCUUCUCGAGGAGAUAAUCGAACCAAGGAAAUCUCUACCACCACUCCUUCAAAAACUUAGCGAACGAACACCGGAAAAACUAGACUACCUUGGAGUAUCUUACGGAUUAACUGAGCAACUGUUGAAAUUUUGGAAACGGGCCAACUUUGUACCUGUCUACCUUAGGCAGACCACUAACGACCUUACCGGAGAACAUUCCUGCAUAAUGCUUAACGUUUUAAAUACCGAAGAAAGACCCGAAAGUUUGACAUGGCUAACCGCAUAUUGGGCAGAUUUUAGACGGAGGUUCAUUAACUUGCUAGCGUACCAGUUUAAAACAUUUUCACCUAGUUUGGCGUUAGGGGUUUUAACGAAUAAAUCAGUUAAGUUGGAAAGUCGGGACUUGACUAAGCAAGAGUUGGAUAUACACAUUACAAGAUACGAUUUAAAGCGGCUGGAAAUGUACAGCAAAAAUUUGGUGGAUUAUCAUCUUAUUAUGGACCUGUUACCCAUUUUGGCUAGAUUGUUUUUCCUCAAUCAAAUGGGCGAUACACAAAUAUCCGCGGUACAAUCGACAAUAAUGUUGGCUCUAGGAUUACAGCACAAAACAGUCGACGAACUGUCUGCAGAUUUAGAGUUGCCGUCAUCUCAACUACUCGGAUUAUUCAAUCGGACUAUGAGAAGAUUUGAACAGUACCUAAACAGCAUCCUAGAAAAAGAUAUAGAAACAUCAUUACAACCACAAAAGGAUGUCAACCUUACACCAGUCGCUAAAAGCAUGCAAGAGGAGCUCGAAGAAGCUGCCAAGGAACUUCAAAAGAAGCAAAAGAAAGAAUUGGAAAAAUUAAAAAAGGAAAAUCUUGAGCAAUAUGUUAUUAAGGGUUCAGAAGAGGAAUGGGGUAAAGCGUUAACAGGAAAGAAGAAGAAAAGCCUUGUCACAGUGAAGAGCGGCGAAAAACGGAUACACGAUAGCAACAACAAAGAAAUAAUAGGACUGGAGGAGACCCCUUCAAAAAAGAAAAAGACUAAGAAUAAGAAGAAACAUAGCAUUUAGUUAAGAAACACAUCAUUAUUGUUAUUACAAUAUGUUUUAGGUGUACAUUAAAGAUACAUUUUCUUUAUUUUAUUGUUGCCUUAAAGUAAUAUAACUUUAAAUAAUUAAA